AUGAAAGUCAGGGUUGGUCGUUUUGGGUUAUUGAUUUUGUGGGCGGGACAAAAGAAAAACCUCGUAGGCUGUGUGUCAUCAGUUGAGGUCCGAACGGCAGAUCGAAACAGACAUUUAAAGGCAACUCGACAGAAGAAGAGAAGAUAUCUACACGACGAACUGAAAAUGGCAGGUACCAACAUUUCAUCCGUAUGGAAAAUGUUAUUUCUACUUCUUCCUGCCUCCAUUUGUGUGUACGGGGAAUAUAUUCAGUCACUUUACAAGUUGCUGGAGAAUGGCAACAAUGUCUACUUGCAGGAUGGCACUCAAGCCGAGUUUAAAAGUUUCAAAAGCCAUACGAGAAUACAGUGUGCAUCGAGUUGUAUGCGUCAAGAAUUCUGCCAUAUUUGGAGGAUUGAUAAUGGUUAUUGCCAUAUGUUCCAUUCAUUCUUAGACAAAGUGAAAGUCAACACCACGACGGAUCCGAAUCAGUUAACUUAUUACGAAUUAAAAGAAGUCAACAACUGGAUCAAAGUUUACUUUUUGAAGGGGGAAAGCGGGUUCAAAGGAGCACCAUCUUUUCUUGGACAAGGAACAUACACCUCUUGGGGACCCGCUUCGUGUACUCAAAACUUCUGCAAGGAUUUCUUUAGGAGUCUUUUGAUUGAUAUUUGGUUCUAUCUACCGAUCAAGGAAGUUAAGCUUUCAUUGUUCAUUAAUACCACGGAGGUAGUUUACUUGUUAUUUGACGGUCGAGGAACAAACUCUCAAAAUUGGUAUACGAUGUCUCGCGUGCGGAAGUCACCUUGGAAAGACGUUUACAAAGGAGCACUGAACAAUUGCUUUUGCAUUGACCUUGAGUCCUUGAGAAGUUUUUAUGCUUCCAAAUCCCACGAUGGCUGUCCAAAUGAUUUAGGUUGGAUUGCUGUCACGGAACCAAAAAAGGCUUGUCGGUGGGACCAACAUCCAGCAUAUCCGUUUAUACUUUAUUCGAAGAAAGAUUACGCCACUCAAUGGGAAGUAGAAUAUGGUAUCGCUGAUGCCUUGGCUGUUUAUAUAUCGAUUUAA